CUUAUUUAUGCUGCCUUGUCUCUGGCGGCUCCUUCACUUGUUCUCAGUGCGUCAACUCGUCAAAUGUGAUUAAUUUCAGCUGUGGACACCUUUGAUUCAGGAAAAAGACCUUUAAACGACACCUGAGGACCAGAUCCGUGUUUUCUGUGCGCCGCGAUGAUCUUUGAACUUUACCGGAGCGUUUAAAUGUCACUUUAAUUCACUGAUAUCAGGCCGGCUCGGAUGGGUGCACCGUUACCUGACUGCGGCCCACGGAUUGCUGUCUGUCUUUUACAGUAAACUAUCCGGAUCAGUUGUGGACGCAGACCGCAAGAAGUGCCUGCCACAGCACCACCAUCAUGGCCUCUGCCACCUCCACCCCCGCCGCCGCCUCCUCCAGCGGCCGCUCCUCCAGCCGCUCCGCCGGCCGCCGCGGCGCAGACCCCGGCCUGCCCUCCUCCAGCACCAGCCCCCGGCUGUUCCGCGCCCAGGAGAAGGAUGAGCUCCGGCACCUCAACGACCGGCUCGCUAACUACAUCCAGCGGGUCCAGGAGCUGGAGAGUGAGCGGUCAUCCAUAUUGUUCCAGCUGGAGGAGAAAGAUGAGUCCAAGAGCCGGGAGAUGGGCAACGUGCGGCGGCUGUACGAGGAGGAGUUGGCCGAUGUCAGGAAGUCUCUGGACGUCCUGGCCGGAGAGAGGGCCCGUCUGCAGAUCGACUAUGGGAACCUCUGCGAGGAGUACAGGAAACUUCAGGCCAGGAACCAGAAAAAGGAGAGUGAUCUGGCGAACGCUGUGGCCCAGUGGAGGAAAACUGAGGCGUCUCUGAGCUCCAAGGACGCCGAGUACACAAAGCUGCUGUCCGACAACAGAAGACUCAGCGAAGACUUCGCCGACCUGCAGGGUCAGCUGGAAAACGUGGAGGGCGCGCUGGCCGACACAAAGAACCAGCUGAGCUCUGAGAUCCUGCGGAGGGUGGAGAUGGAGAACCAGGUGCAAACUCUCAAAGAACAGCUGGAACUGCAGAGGAACAUCAGCGAGCAGGAGAUCAUGGAGAUCCGCAGCCGUCACGAGAGCCGUCUGGUGGAGGUCGACUCGGGACGACGGAGAGAGUUUGAGAGUAAACUGUGCGACACGAUGCAGCAGCUCCGCCAGGAACACGAGUCUCAGCUGCAGCAGUACAAAGAAGAGAUCGACAGGACCUUCAGUUCAAAGUUACAGAACGCCCAGCAAGCCGCACUGGAGAAAAACAACGCCGUGUCUUCCACCAAAGAUGAACUGGAAACCACCAAACUCCGAGUGGAGAGCCUCAGCUCCCAGCUGCAGCAGUACCAGAAAGAUAAAAUGCUGCUGGAGAGCCGCUCUCAGGAGCUGGAGCGGACUCUGGACCGGGAGCGGGAGGUUUGGCAGCAGAGACUCGGUCAGAAGGAGCAGGAGCUGCUGAACAUGAGGAGCCAGAUGUACACGCAGCUGGAGGACUACGAGAGCCUGCUGGAUGUCAAACUGGCUCUGGACAUGGAGAUCAACGCCUACAGGAAGAUGCUGGAGGUGGAGGAGCAGAGACUGCAUCUGUCACCGAGCCCCUCCCAGCACACAGCCAUCCCUCGAACACACGAACACAGCAGCCGAAAACUCAGAGGGAAGAAACGGAAACACGAGGGAGGCUCAGGCAGCUCGCCGGCCUAUAAGAUGUCCAGUCGUUCCACAGAGCACGGCGCCGUGAGCGUGGCGGAGGUCGACAUGGACGGAAAAUAUGUUCGACUGAGGAACAACUCUGAGACGGAGCAGCCGCUCGGUGGUUGGGUGGUUCGCAGGAUGUUCCCAGACGCUGGAGACAUCUCCUUCCACAUCCCGUCCCCCUGCGUCCUGAAUGCGGGACAGACGCUCACAAUCUGGGCAGCAGGUGCAGAGAUGGAGGCGGAUUCAGGGGACCUGAUCCUGCAGGGCCACAGGAGCUGGGGCCCCGUCACUGAUGUGAGGGUCAUUCUUCUGAACUCCAACCACGAGGAGAUGGCGGAGCGCCGUGUGUGUAUGCAGCACAGAGGGGAAGAGGAAACCGAACUGGAGUUCGAUGAAGAACUGGUCGCAGGCAGCGACAUCCAGCACUUUCGGAGACAGCCAAAGAGAAAGAAGAAGAAGUGCUGUUCUGUCUCUUGAGGUCAGAGCAGACGGCGCGCUGCACAGUAGGAUCUGUCGAAGGGGGAGAGCUGUGCCGUCAUGUGAUUGCUGCUGUCCGUGUGGAGAACCUGGACUGGCUCUGGCCUCUGAGUACAACCGUCCGCUGCUGAUCUGGUCUCAGGGCAACGAUCUCCACACUGACGAGCCACUUUGGGUCCCUGACGCGUCUGUCCGAGUGUGAAGAGCUCAGACUUUGCCUUAGAGCAACAGCAUCGACCUCAGUAAUCCUCCGUUUGAUUGGAUCGCUCUAACUGCACAACGUGUGAGCCUUUCCUUGAUUUGAUCUCAUUUAAAUGAAUGUGUGUGAAUUAAACUGUUAGCAUAAUAAAGUUAUAAAUACAGUUGUGA